AUGGACGCUCAACACUCGGCCGCGGCCUCCAUCGCCUCGCCUGCCAAGAAACGCGCACCCCUCGCCCCGCUAGACGCGAACGCGAUGUCGGCCUCGCCCGUCCCCGUUGGCAAGGACGGCACCACACUCCACCGCAAGAGCGCAACGCCUACCGGCAAUCCCCUAAAGCUUGCUGCUGCCGUCUGCCUGUCCACCUCGAAGCGGCCUGCCGUCACGGACGCGGUUGGCAGUCCAAAGGCCAAGAAGGCUUGCUUGGAACGUGACGAGGUUUGGAUGAUCCCUCCCCCCCCCCUCCCCCACCCUCCUCGCUCGACGUAUCCUCACUAUCCUCGCCCUACCCUCGCCCACGACGGCCAGCAGCGGUCAUCACGCUCCCACAGCCCCGAUUCCGUCUCCGUCUUCGACACCUCCGCCGGGGAUGCUUCCUGGGUCACCACAACGUCGGAGCCCGAUAUCCUCGACAGACCCGCCCUCCGCCUUCCGAGGCCCGGCCUGACGAGGGAGCAGGCGCGCGAGAAAGCAGAGAUUCUGCGGCUACGGCUAGGGCUCGCUAGCUACAAGGUCCGCACCGGACAGGUCGCCGUUCCGCUCGCCGACCUGCUUCCCCGACCUCUCCCGUCGCCCCGCCCUGCCGUUCGCCUACAGAGUCCGUCUGCCACAUCCGCCGGCGAGGCCCGAGCCCGCUCCUAUGCUAGUUUCGACGCUCGCAAUGACGCAUCCGCCGCUUCGCCGAACGCGCCGGACACAAUCGACGAUGCCCGAAUAUCUACAAGCAUGAUGGAGCAUGGCGAACUGGAGCCGGCCGCCGGCCGAGCACAGGAUCAGGAGGAGCACGGGAAGGAGAGUGAAAGUGAGCCCGCACGACGGGUCAGCGGUGGCCAAGAUGACUCCGACGCCCACCCUCCCGCGACGACCAAUAACGCCCUAAGAAGCGGUGCCGCGAGCGGCCUGCUGAGCCUCGCGAGAGCCAUCGGUGGCUCAUGA